AUGAUCUGCAUCACAGAACACUCUCCUGCCUUUACACUCUGCAACUGGCUGCACAUCUCUCAGAUCCGAGUCAAGAGAUCCAAUAUAAGAGGUCAAGCGACAGGGGUAUGGGUACCGGGGGCGGGACUGUCGGUCGAACCUGUAUCUCCUGCCCACGGGAUCGUCUACGUCAUCGCCUCGGUGGUGGUGCUGUACAACGUGGAGGAAGAGCAGCAGAGGCACAACGAUGAUGUCAAGUGCUUGGCUGUCCACCCCGAUAUGGUCACCAUUGCGACAGGACAAGUAGCAGGAUCCUCCAAAGAUGGCAAGCAACUGCCCCCUCAUGUGCGUGUGUGGGACUCUGUCAGUCUGAACACUCUUCACGUUGUGGGGAUGGGAGUCUUUGAUCGUGCUGUCACCUGCGUGGGCUUCUCCAAGUCUAAUGGAGGGACCCAUCUGUGUGCAGUUGACUAUGCCAACGACCACAUCAUGUCUGUGUGGGAGUGGCAGAAAGAGAAGAAGCUGGCUGAAGUGAAGUGCUCCAAUGACUCUGUGCUAUCUGCAAACUUUCACCCCAUGGAUUCGAACCUCAUUCUGACCUGCGGGAAAUCUCACCUCAACUUCUGGACCGUAGAGGACAGCACUCUGACCAAAACGGCAGGGCCUGUUUGAU